CUACUUCUAUUUAGCGUACGCAACUUCCUCUUCGUCGCUAAUUUCGUCGAUUCUUUUCCCCUCCUCCUCGCUGGAUCUUCUGUGUUCUCUCUUCCCAUGGCCUCCUACUCGGCCUCUCUCCCCGCUCCAGAGGCCGUGCAGGUCCUCGUCUCCUCUCUCGCCGACGACUCCCCCCUCGUUCGAGAAGCUUCGCUCGCCUCUCUCAGAGAAAUCGCCCCCCUAAACCCUCUUUUGGUUCUUGAUUGCUGCUCUUCAGGCUCGAGGGGAGGGCGCCGGAGAUUUGGGAAUAUGGCCGGAGUUUUUCUUGUUAUGGCAUCUGCUGUUCGAGCGAUCGACCAUGAUGAUGUGGAUCCCGCUUACAUGACCAAGCUAGCCAAGAUCGCUACUGCAGAGAUGAUCACCUCGAAGGAGUUUAAUGCUGAUUGGCAAAAGGCGGCGGCUACUCUACUAGUUUCAAUAGGAGCCCAUGUCCCUGACCUGAUGAUGGAAGAAAUUUUUCUUCACCUAUCUGGACCUAAUCCAUCUCUACCUGCCAUGAUUCACAUACUUGCGGAAUUUGCUUCUGUUGAAGCCUUGCAGUUUGCUCCACAUUUGAAAGACAUCCUUUUACGAGUCCUGCCCAUUAUUGGAAACGUACAGGAUAUCCAACGACCAAUUUUUUCAAAUGCGUUCAAAUGUUGGUGUCAGGCUGUUUGGCAAUAUCUUGGUGAAUUUCCUUCUGCUCAAUUCCUUGAUAGUGAUGUAAUGUCAUUUUUGAAUUCUGUUUUCGAACUUCUUUUGAGAGUCUGGGCAAGUUCACGAGAUUUGAAGGUACGACUCUCUUCUGUUGAGGCAAUGGGACAAAUGGUUGGUCUUAUCACCCGCUCACAGUUAAAGGCGGCAUUGCCGAGGCUUAUUCCAACUAUACUGGACCUCUAUAAAAGAGAUCAAGAAUGUGCUUAUCUAGCCACUCAAAGUCUGCAUAACCUUCUAACCGCCUGUUUAUUAUCAGAAAGUGGGCCUCCUUUACUUGAUUUUGAGGAACUCACAAGCACUUUAAGUGCUCUACUCCCAGUGGCAUUCAUUACUAACAGUAACAAUGAUCAUUCAGAUUUCUCAAUUGGCCUAAAGGUGCCUAUUAAAUACCAAACUUAUAAUGAAAUCCAACAUUGCUGUUUGGUAAUUGGUUCAGUAUACCCUGAAGAUCUCUAUGUCUUCCUUCUGAAUAGGUGCCAGACAAAAGACGAGCCUUCAAUCAUUGGAGCAUUAUGCAUCUUAAAGCAUCUGCUUCCUAGGUUAUUGGAAGCCUGGCAUGGCAAAAGGAUGCUACUUGUUGAAGUUGUGCAGUCUCUGUUAGACGAGCAGAGCUUGGGUAUUCGGAAGGCACUUGCGGAGUUACUUGUUGUUAUGGCUUCACAUUGUUACUUCACUGGCCCUUCAGCAGAGUUGUUUGUUGAAUUUUUUGUGCGUCAUUCUGCCAUAUCUGACAAUGAAGUGAAAGGUUUCAAGACAUCAAAGGAAUUUAUGAGGAAAAGUGGGCCUCAAUUUAAGAAAGAGGUGAUGCUAGGGCCAGUUUCUCUUGAAGAGUUGAGGGCAAUCUGUGAUAAAGGACUACUUUUAUUGGCUAUUACAAUCCCUGAAAUGGAGCAUAUCCUCUGGCCAUUUAUCUUAAAGAUGAUUAUUCCCAAGGAGUAUACUGGUGCAGUUGCAGUGGUUUGCAAAUGCAUAUCUGAGCUAUGUAGACAUAGAUCUUCUCAUACAAAUGCAACAUUUUGUGAAUUUAGCUCCUCAAAUAAUAUCCCGAGCCCUGAGGACCUUUUUGCGCGUUUGAUUGUGCUUCUACAUGAUCCACUGGCGAGGGAGCAGUUGGCAACUCACAUCUUAACGGUCUUGUGCUGCUUAGGACCACUAUAUCCAAAGAAUCUCAGCUUAUUUUGGCAAGAUGAGGUACCUAAAAUGAAGGUGUAUAUCAGUGAUCCUGAAGACUUAAAGCAGGAUCUUUCAUAUCAAGAGACCUGGGAUGAUAUGAUUAUAAAUUUCUUGUCAGAAUCUCUGGAUGUCCUUCAAGACACUGAAUGGAUCAUAUCCUUGGGCAAUGCUUUUGAAAGACAGUAUAACCUGUAUGCCGCCGAUGAUGAGCAUUCAGCACUGCUACAUAGAUGCCUUGGCAUGCUUCUCCAAAAAGUUGAUGACAGAAUCUAUGUUCAUAACAAGAUUGAUUCGAUGUAUAAACAAGCUAACAUAUCUUUACCUGUAAAUAGGCUGGGGCUUGCCAAAGGCAUGGGUUUGGUAGCAGCUUCACAUCUGGAUACUGUACUGGAAAAACUUAAAUCAAUACUGGAUAAUGUUGGACACAGUAGGUUUCAAAGGUUCUUAUCUUUCUUCUCAAGUAGAGCUAGAGGUGAAGAUCCUGAUGAUAUAUAUGCUGCUUUAGCUCUAAUGUACGGAUAUGCUGCGAGAUAUGCUCCUUCAACUGUUAUAGAAGCUAGAAUCAAUGCUCUUGUGGGGACCAAUAUGCUUUCACGGCUCCUGCACGUGGAACAUUCAACUGCAAAACAAGCUGUUAUUACUGCAAUCGAUCUGUUAGGAUGUGCUGUUAUCAAUGCUGCUGAAAUGGGAAUCUCAUUCUCCCUAAAGAGAAGGGACCAGCUGCUUGAUUAUGUGCUUACUUUGAUGGGCCGAGACGAUAGCGAUAGUUCCUUUGAUUCAAGUAGUCAGCAUCUUCACACUCAAAGCCUUGCUUUAAGCGCGUGUACUACUUUGGUUUCUAUAGAGCCGAGAUUGCCAAUGGAGACGAGGAAUCUUGUUAUGAAGGCGACUUUAGGUUUUUUUGCUCUGCCUAAUGAUCCUUCUGAUAUUGUUGAGCCACUCAUAAAGAACCUCAUUACUCUAUUAUGCGCCAUUCUUUUAACAAGUGGCGAAGAUGGUCGUAGUCGAGCGGAGCAGCUGUUACAUAUACUAAGGCAGAUAGAUUUUUAUCUUUCAUCUUCAGUGGAGCAUCAAAGGAGAAGGGCUUGCGCUGCUGUCUAUGAGUUGUUGCUCAAGUUCCGUGCACUUUGCUCUGGCGGAAUUUGUGGGCUUGGCUGCCGCUCAAGUUGCUCACACAACGUACAAAUUGAUCGGGCAGUGCAAAAGAACUUAUCGAAUUUACCAUCUGCAUAUGUAUUGCCAAGCCGGGACUCCUUAAGCUUGGGGGAGAGGGUCAUAGCUUAUCUUCCACGCUGUGCUGACACCAGUUAUGAAGUUAGAAAACUUGCAGUUCAGAUUGUUGGUAUAUUUUUCAGCAUAUCCUUAUCGCUUCCAAAAUUGAUAGCCACUGAUAUUGAUUUGGAGUUGUCGUACAAUGCAUUGUCAUCUCUUGAAGACGUGAUUUCCAUUUUGAGAAGGGAUGAAUCUAUUGAUCAAUCAGAGGUCUUCAAUAGGGUUGUUUCUUCUAUAUGUGUUUUACUAACAAGAGAUGAGCUGGUCAUCUCUUUGCAUAUGUGCACUGCUGCCAUAUGUGACAGGGUUAAGCAGUCAGCAGAUGGUGUUAUUCAGGCUGUUAGUGAAUUCAUCACUAACAGAGGAAAUCAGUUGAACGAAACUGAUGUUUCCAGGACAACUCAAUCUUUGCUUUCAGCCGCUAUAUUUGUAAUCGACAAACACUCUCGUCAGGAAAUUCUUAAUGCUAUAUCAUGCCUGGCGGAAACGACCAAUUCAACUGUCGUUUUCAAUGAAGUUUUGGCUUCUGCUGGGCAUGAUAUUGUUACAAAAGAUAUAUCCAGGAUGCGAGGGGGUUGGCCAAUGCAUGAGGCAUUUUGUGCAUUUUCACAGCAUUCCGUGCUUUCAAGUUUGUUUCUGGAGCAUUUGAUAUCUGUACUUGAUCGAACACCUAUCCUUAGAGGUGAUACAGAAAGGGGAGACAACAUGAAUCACGGUGAUGAGGACAUCUUGCAAGCAGCUAUUCUUGCUCUCACUGCAUUGUUCAGAGGUGGUGGUAAGACUGGUAAAAAAGCAGUGGAGCAAAAUUACUCUUCUGUUUUCUCUUCUCUUACUCUUCAAUUAGGAAGUUGCCACGGCCUUGCUGGACUGGGUCAGCAUGAACAGUUGUGGACUUUGUUAACUGCAUUCCAGUCUUUCUGUGAUUGUGUUGGAGAUCUUGAAAUGGGAAAGAUUUUGGCUAGAGAUGGAGAACACAAAGGUAAAGAGGAGAGGGUUGCCCUUAUUCAGGAGGUUGCCUGUUGCAUUUCUAGAAAGAGGCCUAAAGAGGUUCCACCUAUAUGUAUGACUUUGAGCAAGGCCUUGAAAAGACAGGAAAGGUUUCAAAGGGAAGCUUCUGCUGCAGCACUAUCAGAGUUUAUCCGUCACAGUGAAGGGGUUGCAUCCUUAUUGGAACAUAUGGUUGAGGUGAUGUGUUUGCAUGUCUCAGAUGAAUCAGCAACCGUACGAUGUCUUUGUUUACGAGGACUUGUUCAGAUACCAGAGAAUAAUAUGUGUCAAUAUAUUGCACAAGUUCUUGGUGUAAUAGUAGCUUUACUUGAAGAUCCUGAUGAAUCAGUCCAAUUAACAGCAUUGCAGUGCUUAUUGACAGUGCUGAAAUCUUCUCCUAAAGAUGCAGUAGAUCCUGUUUUAGUCAAUCUCUCUGUAAGGUUACGAAAUCUCCAGAUUUGCAUGGAUGCGAAGAUGCGUUCCAAUGCUUUUGCAGCAUAUGGAGAAUUAAGCAACUUUGGAGUUGGUUCACAACAUCAGGCUUUCGUUGAGCAGGUUCAUGCCACACUUCCACGGCUGAUUGUCCAUCUUUAUGAUGAUGAGCUCAGUGUCCGUCAAGCUUGCAGGAAUACCUUCAAACAAUUGGUACCCUUACUGGAAGUCGAUGGGCUAUUUGCUCUCCUCAACAAACAAUGCUUCAAUUCAGAUCGUCGAAGCGACUAUGAGGACUUUCUAAGGGACCUAACAAGGCAUCUAGGUCAUCAUUUUUCUGCAAGAGUUAAUACCUACUUAGCCUCUCUAAUCCAGGCAUUUGAUGCACCUUGGCCAGUCAUACAAGCAAAUGCCAUAUACUUCGCCAGUUGCAUGUUGUCACUAUUAGAAGAUCAACGGUCAUUGGCUCCUUAUUUUUCACAGGUGUUUGGGAUGCUUGUAGUCAAACUGAGCCAGUCAUCAGAUGCAGUUGUGAGGGCAACUUGUUCAUUUGCCCUCGCGUUUCUUCUGAAGUCCUCAAACCCGAAAACAUGGACAGUUAUGCAAGUUGAUCGAGCUGACUCUGGAAGAAGUUCUCAUGAUUCUAGUAUAAAGUCCAUAGAAAUUUGAAGUGUUGGGAUUGUAUGGAUCUGGAAAGGUAAAAGAGCAAAGGCUUAGUACGAGAUAGUGGAAUCAGAUUAGCGGCAUUAUGUGAAUAUCCAAGUUUCACUAUGUACUGUGAGAUAGGAAAAUGUUGUGUUGUAUCAUUGUAUCAUAGUUUUUGUAUAUUGUACAUGUACGCUCAAGUAUAGUCUUAGAAAAGGAAAAAUGAGUGUCGUCCCCGUUGAACAUAAAGAAUCUCCACAUGUAAGUCUUGUGUGAAAACUUCACUUUUAGUGGUUGAUAGAUCUGUCGAAAUCCCAGUGACUUGGAUGCAAGUAAUGUAUAAAUUCAUUUUAAUUAUCCAAUGUUGUUGUCAACAUUACAGUAUCAUGGAGAGGUUGAUAUGUAAAAAGGUACGGUGAGAAAAAUUAUUGUAGCUUUACUUUGCC